GAUCCGAAAGAAGCAAAAACCCAAAGCAAACUCGAAACAAUCCAAAUUUGACCGAAACAGCCCAAAACUGUCCAAAUUUGACAGAAGCGGUAGUACCAAACUUCACUUCUUUUCGAUUUAUGCUUAAGAUUCGACCUAAGGGUAGCGAAUUUGAUAACAUUGCUCAUCGAGAGAUAAAAUAGUGAGGUACAUUGACCAUCUCUCUCUCAAAGGGUGCAUUGACCAUCUCUCUCUGUCUUGGUUAGUUAAUAGUAGAGAAGGGUGGCAUUUGUUUUCAGCAUCGAUUGGUGGUGUGAAUGUGAUAGAUAGCGAUGGCCAUUGCUCGUCUCCUUUUCGCCGCGCUCCUCCUCAUUGCCACUGCCCAAGCUGCUUCUAGAAACUGCGUAUAUACGGUGUAUGUACGGACGGGGUCCAUCAUCAAGUCUGGUACCGAUGCGAAGAUCAGCCUAACGAUCGGGGAUUCCUUUUCUGAAGUCCAUGUAGAUGACCUAGAAUCAUGGGGCCUCAUGGGGCCAGAUCACGACUACUAUGAACGUGGGGCCCUCGACAUAUUCAGCGGGCGGGGCCGGUGCUUGGCCGAAGCCCCUUGUAGAAUGAAUCUGACUUCUGAUGCUAGUGGGGAGCACCAUGGGUGGCUUUGUGAGUAUGUCGAGGUCACUGCCACUGGGCCCCAUGCGCAGUGCUCCCAGACCCUCUUCGAGGUGCAUCAGUGGCUCGCGCUUGAUGCACCACCUUUCGAGCUCUCAGCCUUGCUUGACGGGUGUGGUGCACCAUUAGGUGACCGCAGCGGCCGGCAUAGAGUCAUCAAGAAUGGAUUAGCAGCAGCUAUUUGAUCUCUAUUCCAUCCCUCUCUCCCUCUCUGGUUGUGUGGUUAGUGUGAUGAGUAAUGGUUUGAAUUUUGGUUUAAUGGUCCCUCUGCAUUUUGGAUCCCUUAAAAGAGUGACUGAAAUUGUUUAAAAGGGUGUCUAAAAUUGUUGUGGUAUUAUAUGGUCAAGAGGAGAUGCUUCUUGAUAUAUGAUGUCUCUUUUCU